UUCUCCAAAAUACCUUUAUUUCUUUAUCAAUUUAUUAAUAUUCAGGCUUGCUUGUAUCUGCUCCUAGAAUUCUUUCUAAACAGUAGUUCUUUUACGCUAAAACAAAAAUAAAUUGCCCUGUAAUGAAUGGUUUCCAAGAAACUAGAACAUAGAGCUUCUAUCAUGAAAAUAUUAACCAACCAAAAAGAUUUUAAUUAUGAGCAUUAUAGGAAUACAACAUAAUGCAAAUAUUUUUCUCUUCACAAGUUUUAGAAGCUAUUCUUGUAGAGGUUUAGCUGGUGUUCCACUAGGUUAGAAGACGAGGAUUCUUGAACAUUACUACGGCCGGAACGUCGGAUUUGAACAUGCUUUUGGGCCUGUCGCUCAAAGUUUUCCCUCAGAAGGAGCAUGCUAUGCAAUUAGCGAAGAAAAGGAAAACGGUGAAAAAGUUGCAUUAAGAAAUCAAGUUCUUGACUGAAUCUCUAACAGCUGCCGGCCUUAAAAUUUUGUAAUCCAAUAUGGCUUCUUCCUCUAACAGCACAAAUUGUUGGAAGUACAGUGUCUUCUUGAGUUUCAGGGGCCAAGAGACCCGCAAUACUUUUACUGCCCAUCUAUAUCAUGCUCUGUGCAACAAAGGAAUUAAUGCUUUCAUUGAUGACAAGCUUGAGAGGGGAGAACACAUUACUUCUCAACUCAACCAAAUUAUUGAAGACUCGAGAAUCUCCCUUGUCAUAUUCUCUGAAAACUAUGCAAGGUCUAUUUAUUGUCUGGAUGAGCUGGUGAAGAUACUUGAAUGUAAAGAAUCAAAGGGGCAAGUUGUUUUGCCUGUGUUUUAUAAUGUGGAUCCUUCAGAUGUGGAAGAACAAAAGGGUAGUUUUGGAGAAUCCCUGGAUUUCCAUGAAACUUAUUUGGGGAUUAAUGCAGAGCAGCUCAAGCAAUGGAGAGAAGCUCUAACAAAAGCAGCUCAAUUGUCAGGGUGGCAUUUAGACAGGGGGAAUGAGGCUGUUUUUAUUCGGAAAAUUGUUGAAGAAGUAUGGGCACAAUUGAACCACACAUCCUUACAUGUUGCGGCAUACCAAGUUGGAUUGGAUCAACGUAUUGAAGAACUCAUUCAUAUGCUAAAUAUAGGGUCAAGUAAUGUGUGUAUGGUAGGAAUCUGUGGACUUGGUGGAAGUGGUAAGACAACUGUUGCCAAAGCUGUUUACAACCUAAUUAAUAAUCAAUUUGAAGCUUGUUGCUUUCUUUCAAAUGUUAGAGAAUUCUCAAAGCGAUAUGGUCUUGUUCAUUUGCAAGAGAAACUUCUUUUUGAGAUUCUAGGGGAUAAAACUUUAGUACUUGGAAGUGUUGAUAGAGGAAUUAAUGUUAUAAAGGAUAGGCUUCGCCAUAAAAAGGUGCUUAUAGUCAUUGAUGAUGUUGAUCAUUUGGACCAACUCAAACAAAUAGCUGGAGAGCGAGAUUGGUUUGGCUUGGGAAGCAAAAUUAUCAUAACAACUAGAGAUGAACGUUUGCUAGUUUUUCACGGGGUGGAACGCUUACUUAGGGUGAAGGAAUUAUGUUGUGAUGAUGCUCUUAUGCUUUUCUGUUGGCAUGCCUUCAGAAAUUCUCAUCCUCCUAUAGAUUAUUUGGAGAUCUCAGAUCAAGUAGUGAAAUAUUCCAAAGGCCUACCAUUGGCUCUAGUUGUACUGGGUUCUUUUUUGUAUGGAAGAAGCAUACCUGAAUGGGAAAGCGAAUUGGAUAAACUAAGAAGGAUUCCUAAUAAACAAAUUUACGAAGUACUCAAAAUAAGCUUUGAUGGACUGGAGCAUCAUGAGAGGGCUAUUUUUCUUGAUAUUGCCUGCUUCUUCAAAGGACAAGAAAAAGAUUAUGUCAUAAAAAUAUUAGACGCGUGCGAUUUCGACCCUGUUAUUGGCAUACAGGUUCUCAUGGAGAAGUCUCUUGUAUAUAUUGAAAACAAUAAGCUGCAGAUGCAUGACUUGCUACAAUGGAUGGGCAGACAAGUUGUUCACCAAGAAUCUCCCAACGUACCUGGAAGACGGAGCAGACUGUGGUUUCAUGAGGAUAUUCUUCAUGUGCUGACUGAAAAUAUGGGAUCAUAUGAAGUUGAAGGCCUUAUGCUGGACUUGCCUGAAGCAGAAGAGGUACACUUGAGUGCUAAAGCUUUCAAAAAGAUGAAAAGGCUCAGGAUACUUAUUGUCCACAAUGCACAAGUUAUUGGAGGUCCAGAAAAUCUACCCAACGCAUUAAGAUGGCUUGAAUGGCCUGGUUGCCCCUUGGAGUCGAUGCCAUCCACAUUUCAUGCAAGGAAACUUGUAGUUCUUAACAUGCAUCACAGUUGCAUCAAACAGUUAGGGGAGGGAUUCAAGAAUUACACAACCUUAAAGUACAUAGAUUUCAGAGAUUGUGAAUUUUUGACAGAAACACCUGACUUCUCAACCAUCCCUAAUCUUGAGAGGUUGAAUCUUGAAGGUUGUACAAGUUUAGUUAAGAUUCACAAUUCGGUUGGAUAUCUUGCGAAACUUGUAUUUUUGAGCGUUGAGUUCUGCUCCAACCUUAAGAGUAUUUCAAGCCAUUUCCGAUUAAGAUCCCUUCAGACUCUCCUUCUCACUGGUUGCUCAAAACUUGAGAAAUUCCCAGACAUUGAGGACAAAAUGGCUUGUAUAGAGAGAGUUUCUUUGAAUAGUACUGCUAUAAAAGAGCUCCCUUUAUCGAUUGAAAAUCUUGUUGGGCUUAAAGUCAUGACUUUAUCAUUUUGCAGAAAUCUAUCGAGAAUUCCAAGUAGCAUUUAUAAGUUGCAGCAUCUUAAGCGUCUGCUUCUUGAUGGGUGCUCAGAACUUACCACGUUUCCAGAGAAUAUGCCGGAAGAAACACCGCCAUUCUGCUCCAACAUUUCCAUGAUAGCAAACAAUGACAUAAUGUGGUUUCCCAUGUUAACCUGUUUGGAUCUACAAAAUUGCAAGUUAUCAGAAGUUGAUUUCCUCAUGAAUCUUGUUUGCUUUUCCACGUUGAAGGAUCUAGAUCUAUCAGGGAACAAUUUUGUUAACCUUCCUACGUGCAUCAACAGAUUUACUAAAUUGAGGCGCCUUGAAUUGGCAAACUGCAUAUGGCUUGAAGGGAUUCCGGAGCUCCCACGAAGUAUUAAGCGUAUUGGAGCCCGGAAUUGCACAUCAUUGGAAAGUUAUUCAGAAUUAGUACGGGUAUUUAUGUUUAAUACAGAAGAUAGAUCAACAAAGCUUCAUGAUCUUGACUUUUCUAACUGCCAUAAACUGGCAGAUCAGAAUCCAUUACAGAGUUUUGCAGAUACAUCAUCAAGAUGCAUAUCAGUGGACGAGGGGUUCCGUGAGGACUUCAGAAUUGAAGUUGUUCUUCCAGGAAAUGAGAUUCCAAGGUGGUUCAGCAUUUACAGUGAUGACGGGUACAUGUCAUUCAAAGUGCCUUCGCCUACGUUCAGGAGAACAAAAGCCUUGGUUCUCUGUGCCAUUUUAAGAUUACAGUUUGCAGUGGAUGUGAAUAUUUCCCGAGAAAUUUUCAUUAAUGGUCGGAGCGUGAUUUCCUUUUCUAGACAGUUCUUUUCUUUGAAGUCAGAUCACAUGUGGCUUUACUACAUUCCAUGUCGUAAGAUUCGGAGCUUAUAUUCAUUGCUGCAGGACGACUGGAUUCACAUUGAGGUUUCUUUCAGAAUCCUUGGAGCACCAAGAAAUGCAACCCUUAAAGGGUGUGGGGUUUAUCUCAUAAAUGCAAGUCAUCCAAGCUCUAUUGUAGGCGAUGAAGACGACGACACAUGUCUGAGUGCUCGCAACGACGGAAUCAACUUCUGUGGAUCGGAGACUUGUACUUCACUAUCACUUGAUCUAAUGAGAAGCUGCAGUGUCAGUGAUGCUGGGGAAUUCGAGAGGCACCCAUGGCAGCCAUCGCCUCAAUGGAAACUCCCACCUACUCAACCAGGCUUGAUUGUGAUCCCACCUGGGAGCAUUUACUCUCCAAUAGCUCAGCUAAUUCACCAGAACUCUUUUAGCCGAUCUAGGGAUCCUAUUAGCAAGAAAAGGGAUCGGGAGCUCGGUGAAGAUCAUGAUUCCUCUAUUCCUGAAACAAGUACCAAAAGGUUCCAAAACUCUUCGUGCUUUCCACUAGGUAAUAAUAACGUUCCUCGGGGAUCAAGCCAGCAAUGAGAUAGAUAGCAAGCUAUCAACAUAUCAUGCAAAUGCUUUAAACUCAAACACUGUUUUCCUCUUUUAAAUUAAAGAUUUAAAUGAAGUACAUGUCAGUAUGUCACCACUAUCACGCAUCUGCAAUGAACUUGUACCAUGUUCUUGUCUUAGAAAUUAAAGAUUUCAAUGAAGAACAUGUCGCCCUCA